GACGAGUUUCCAGUUUUGUUUCUGCUUUACAAAGAAAGAGUAGUCAGUUGCUGCUGUUGGGGCCUCAGCAUGCUGAGCUGAGGGUCAGGAGCCCUAGCAAAGAUAUGCUCCAUUCUGAUUACAAGGUAGCGAGAAGAAUUACUAAAACUCUGGAAGAAGGCUUCUCCUGAGUACAAUGAAGAGGAACUAAAAGAAGUCAUCCUUUCUGAGUCACCUCUGAGACAACCAUGUCUGGCACCACUGCUGCUCCCACCAGCCCCUCCAUUACGAAUGCAACCACAGCUCAGCCUAGCUUCAUUGAAGGUCUUAUUAACAAGAUCCCAUUACCCAGAUGGGCUCUCAUAGCUAUAGCUGUUGCAGUGGGCCUAGUCUUCCUUCUUUUCCUCAUCUGCAUCAUUAAGUGCUGUUGCUGCAGGAAAAAACACAAGAAGAAGGAAAAAAUCAAAAUGGUUGGCAUCAAUGGUUCUUCUACAACAACCAAUCUGGUCCAGCCUGAUACAGAAGAUAUAGAAUGUGGCCUGGAGGAUGAGAAACGCGGACAACUGCAAUAUUCCCUGGAAUAUGACUUCCGUAGCCAGGAGCUGAAGGUUGGACUGAAGCAGGCAGCGGAACUGAAGGCAAUGGACAGCGGGGGUACUUCUGAUCCCUAUGUGAUUGUCUAUCUAACAUCAGAUAUGAAGAAGAAGUAUGAAACAAAGGUUUACCGUAAGACGCUCAACCCUGUUUUCAAUGACAGCUUCAUUUUUCAGAUAAAUUCCUUCCAGGGAGAAGUAGCUGAAUCCACCCUGGUGAUGCAGGUGUAUGAUUUCAAUCGUUUUUCCAAACAUGACAUCAUUGGCGAGAUGCGGCUGCCUCUUGGGGAUGUUGACUUGCAACAUGUUAUUGAGCAAUGGCAUGAGCUCACUGCAGCCAGCAAGAUUGAGCAAGAGCGCCUUGGGGAGAUUUGCUUUUCACUCAGAUAUGUGCCAAGCACUAGCAAAUUAACUGUGGUCAUCUUAGAAGCCAAAAAACUCAAGCGGAUGGAUGCACAUGGAUUGUCAGCACUAAAUAGAUCUCUUCCACUGCUCUACUCCAUCCCAGAUCCUUAUGUCAAAGUGCAAGUUACUUUGAACAAAAAGAAAUGGAAGAAAAAGAAGACAAGCAUAAAGAAAAACACAUUAAGUCCCUACUUCAAUGAGGCAUUUGUUUUUGAAGUGCCCUUCAGUGUGAUUCAGAAUAUAGACCUGGUGAUUUCAGUCUGGGAUCAUGAUAAAGUGACCAAAGAUGACCAGAUUGGCAAAGUGUUCUUGGGAUGCAGAGCUACAGGCAACCAGCUGCGUCACUGGUCAGAUAUGCUAGCCAAUCCCCGAAGGCCUGUUGCACAAUGGCACAGCCUGCAGCCUGUGGAAGAUGUUGACAAAACCAUGGGGCUGAAGUCUCGCUUUAAGCUGCCUAUACACAACAGCUAAAACAGAAGAGCUCUCUUUAGUUCUCUGUGACUUGAUAAGGGAAUAAUCCGUACAUUCCAGGAUCAAAGGACAAGUUUGGAAAAACAAGCUUGAUUAUCCAAAUUGCAGAAGAUAACAGUCUGUGCUGUGUAACAUCUGGACCUUUUAGAAAUGUAACUAAAAGUAUGCUGAGUAUGAGAAUUAACCCUGGGUCAAGCAAAAGGCAAUUUAUUCUGUCUGCAAUGCACCAUCUUGGAAAGAAUCCCAUAUUUCAGGAUGACGGAGGUGUAUAUGAUAGUAUUUCUGAUGCAUGAUGUGGCCACACAAUUGGAUUUAUAGCCCAGAUGUUACUACAUUGUGGGGAAGGCAGCACGUAUGGUGCAACUGUUUCUAUCAGGCCUAAAGAGAAGAGAAGCAUUAGUAAACAUGAUUGCAGUCAUGAUCAUUACCUAUGUUAAUGUUUUAUCAUGCAAGUACAGAAGCAAUUAUCAAUGAAGGGCUCGUUAAUUACAAAACAACAAGCAAAUGCUUCUUUCAGCAUUGCUAAUAGCUAUUUAUUCAAAUUUUAGAAGUUUAUUGAAUGAAACAAUGGUGGUUUUUGCAGACCAUAAAUAUAAUAGGCUGAGCACAUUAUAAAAAGCAUUUGGGGGGAAGAACUUUGCACAGCUCUCUUCCCCAAAAUGACUUCAGCCUGACCUGUUUAUCUCAACCAGGGUUUUUCUAAACUUGCAAAACUUGCAAUCUUUUUUCAAAAACCCGGCUUGAAGGGACACCCGUGCAAACAGAGCAGGCAGGAGACACUUUAUUACCCCCCCCCCCCAUUUCCACCCUUUAGUUUCUACUGCUGUCCGCUAUUUCAGGUUGAUUCUGCACACCUGCCAUUUUGUGCCGUUCACCUAGCAGUAGGCUGAUUCUCUGACCGCCUGCCAUUUUACAAAGUCCCCCAAGCACAUUUUCUCCCCGUGGCAGUGAUUAUGUCCACCAUUUCACUCACAGAUCCACUGUAACACAUUCAUGAUUGCCUGGUCACUGCAUGACAGUCCCUUUUUAAAAAAGUGUAUGUGUUGAAAAUGAGAAGCUAUGCAGAUGCACUCAAUUGUACCCCCAGACUGAGUGUUUAUUAGGUGGAUGGGCCAGGUUUUCAAGUUCAUAAUCAUCACAUUUUAAUAAUGACUAUAUCAGAGUCCUUGCCACAGCCUCACUAGCGAAAUGCCCCACUCUGUGGAAUGUUCGACUCACGCCCCGUCGUGCCCAGCCCCAUUAGCACUACGCCACUGUUUGAAUCCCACCACCAUGGGAACCUGUUACUAAAUUUUUUGGAUCCCACCACUGACCUAAUUAUGAAAAUGAAAACCCAGAGCAGCACUUAAAAGAAUAUGUGUUAAUUUAACCCUGGAAGUUUUUAAAAGGCACAAUGUAGAAUAACAACAUAUAAAUUAACCUAUACUGAGUGAUAAAAUUAUUUAUUUAGCUGUGUUGAUGGAACUUGGGGCCAAUGUAUUAUGGAGGUUGAGAGUAUCAGACUAGUACAGUGAUGGCGAACCUUUUAGAGGCUGCGCGCUAGGGGUGGAGCGAGGGGAAACUGCGCCCAGGGCACACGUGAACCCUGUGCCCCUACCACGCCCCCAUCCACCCCGUCCUGCCCUGGAA